GAGGCUUCAGAAACUCAUCAUCCACGUGUAAAGACAGAUAAAGUUAUCCAUCAGCUUUAGCUUGCCUCAGAAGGAAAAAUGGUUGGUCUCAUGAUAUGUAGCAAACUUAUAGUUUGACAAACAAAUAUGCUAGUAAAGUAAAUGUAUUUAAAUGUGCAGCUAUUCGGUUGGGCAUGAUUUGUCUAAUGAUUAGUUGCUGUAUUAUCAUCUUUGAAAUGUAUCUUUGUGCUUUACAGGAAUUUUGCUUCGUAACAGUAUGCAACCAAAGAUGGAACGUGCGCCUCAUCUUGACAAUGCUUGUCUUCUCAGUUUUGACAGGGUGGCUGGAAGUAGCAGGCUGGUCCUACCACUACUCUAACGAGACGAUGGACUACGAAACAGCCAGCGUCUGGUGUAAAUCUCGGUACACAGACAUGGUGGCAAUCCAGAACAAAGGCGAGAUUGACCACCUCAACACUAUUCUGCCGCUGAUAACAGGCUACUACUGGAUUGGCAUUCGCAAGAAAAAUGGCAUUUGGACCUGGGUUGGAACCAACAAAACACUGACCACGGAGGCCGAGAAUUGGGCUACCAAUGAGCCCAAUAAUGCCGCAAAGGGCGCAAACGAGGACUGUGUGGAGAUUUACAUCAAGAGAAUUGUAGACACGGGAAAAUGGAACGACAUAUCUUGCAGCAAGAAAAAGACAGCUUUGUGCUACACUGCCUCUUGUGAGAAGAAUUCUUGCAGCGGGAAUGGAGAGUGUGUUGAGACCAUCAACAAUCACACAUGCGAGUGUUUUGAAGGCUUCUACGGUGAAAAGUGUGAACACGUUGUCCAGUGCGAGAGGGAGAAGGUCACCACUCCGCAGAAGGGCUCUUUCAGCUGCUCUCACCCCCAUGGGAAUUUCUCCUACGGGUCAGAAUGUAUUUACUCCUGCCAGCCAGGCUACCGGCUCAGCAGCUCCGAGACCCUCAGAUGCACUCCCUCUGCCGCCUGGUCCAGCGCGCCCCCGACCUGUGAGGUGGUUCAGUGUGAUGAGCUGGCCAAGCCAGAUAAGGGCUCCAUGAUCUGUUCCUCUCCUCUGGGCAACUUCAGCUACCUGUCCCUCUGCCAGUUCACCUGUGACAAGGGGUACAUUCUGAACGGCUCCCUUUCCUCCUCUCUCGUGUGCGGAGCCAAGGCCCGGUGGAACGACACACAGCCCCAGUGUGAAGCUGUUCGCUGUCCUGCCAUCAGGGCUCCGCAACAUGGCCAUAUUUCCUGUGACGGAGACCCCACAACACCCAAUAGCUACCCAAACCAGUGCAGGUUCACCUGUGAAGAUGGCUUCCGCAUGAGCGGCGUGUCUGCGAUCAGCUGCACAGCAUCUGGACAUUGGACUGAACAGCCUCCCCUGUGUGAAGCCAUCACAUGCCCAAGACCGGAGAACCCUCACCUCCUCUCCAACUGCUCAGACUCCGUGAACGAGUGGCAUUUCGGCUCCGUCUGCUCCUUCAGCUGCAGUACCGGCUUUAACCUGCAGGGGAAGCCCAAUGUCCAGUGCAGGGGGACGGGUCAGUGGAGCUCCGUGAUCCCCACCUGUGUGGAGGUCCAGUGCCCCCAUCUUGAGGCCCCUGUGGCGAGCAGCAUGAGCUGCUCGGGCUCCUCCAGAGGCGCUGUCUGCACCAUCAUCUGUGACGAGGGCUUCAGCCUGCAGGGGGCAGCAAGAGCAGUGUGCACAGACAGCGCUGAGUGGUACCUGGACGGAGAGAAACCCACAUGCACAGCUGUUCGCUGUCCUGCCAUGAGGGCUCUGCAACAUGGCCAUAUUUCCUGUGACGGAGACCCCACAACACCCAAUAGCUACCCAAACCAGUGUAUGUUCACCUGUGAAGAUGGCUUCCGCAUGAGCGGCGUGUCUGCGAUCAGCUGCACAGCAUCUGGACAGUGGACUGAACAGCCUCCCCUGUGUGAAGCCAUCACAUGCCCAAGACCGGAGAACCCUCACCUCCUCUCCAACUGCACAGACUCCGUGAACGAGUGGCAUAUUGGCUCAGUCUGCUCCUUGAGCUGCAGUACCGGCUUUAACCUGCAGGGGAAGCCCAAUGUCCAGUGCAGGGGGACGGGUCAGUGGAGCUCCGUGAUCCCCACCUGUGUGGAGGUCCAGUGCCCCCGUCUUGAUGCCCCUGUGGCGAGCAGCAUGAGCUGCUCGGGCUCCUCCAGAGGCGCUGUCUGCACCAUCAUCUGUGACGAGGGCUUCAGCCUGCAGGGGGCACCAAGAGCAGUGUGCACAGACAGCGCUGAGUGGUACCUGGACGGAGAGAAACCCACAUGCACAGCUGUUCGCUGUCCUGCCAUCAGUACUCCACAACAUGGCCAUAUUUCCUGUGACGGAGACCCCACAACACCCAAUAGCUACCCAAACCAGUGCUGGUUCACCUGUGAAGAUGGCUUUCGCAUGAGCGGCGUGUCUGCAAUCAGCUGCACAGCAUCUGGACAUUGGACUGACCAGCCUCCCCUGUGUGAAGCGGUGAAGUGCCC